AACAGUCCACAUUUUCAACCUCUCCCUCAUCAAACACACCUGAAUCAACUCAUCAGAACAUUAGAAGAGGCUCCAAAACCUGAAGUUAAUGGGUCAGAUAAGAGAAACACCGAAAAUAUGUACUGUUAGUGUGCCUCCAGGAACAGGGUUGGGAAACACUGCUUUAGACUACAAAUAUGGGUGUAAACACUCUCUUUGUCGCCGCUUUGUCUCCACCUGGCGGCCUGCAGCUUCAUAUCAGUUCUCCAUUAGUUUGGUCUGAAAGAGGAUCUCUGCAUCGAUUACUCUCUUAAUAUCACAUUAGACUAGUGAGUGUGACGUUUAUUCUGGUGUCAUGCUGGUAUGAUCCAUAGACUGUAUGAUCUGAUAAUAUUAUUGAAAAUCUUCAUAUGCGCUCCAGACGAUGUUGUCAUUCUCGAGUUUGAAUUCUUUGAACUAGAUGUGGGUGUAAGCCAGGAUGAGUUUAGCCUUCAGCAGAGCUCCUCGAAAGACUGCGGGAAACCGUAUGUCCAGACUGCUGGAUGCAGAGGAGGAGGAUGAGUUUUACAAGACGACCUAUGGAGGAUUUCACGACGAAUCAGGUGAUGAAGAAUAUAAAGGUGACCUGACUGAAACAGAGGAUGAAGUGGACAGUGAUUUUGACAUUGAUGAAGGCGAUGAACCCGACAGCGAGCAGGAGGAGGACGGUCCACGUCGGAAGAGCAGAGUGGUGACUAAAGCCUACAAGGAGCCUGUUAAAGUGGUGCGCCAGAAACCUAAACAACGAAAACUGGCUGAACUUCCCAGGCGGACAGACAAGACAAAGAUCGACAAAUACAACCCACCCGAGCUACAGGAUGACAUCAACAGGAAGUCAGUUCGCCAGUCCACAACUGAACACACACGACUGACAUACCUUAGGCUGCAGGAGAGGCAGGUCGCGCCACGUCGAAGGAAGGGCACAAGACAUGAGCGACCUUUGACCCAGGCAGAACUUUUGGCAGAGGCCAAGGUCACAGCCGAGAUUAACCUUCGAUCGCUGGAAAACUAUGAGCGUUUAGAGGCGGAUAAGAAACGGCAGGUUCAUAUGAAGCGCCAGUGUGUGGGUUCUGUUGUCCGCUAUCACUCUGUGCUCAUGCCACUGGUGUCUGACGUCACUCUUAAAGAGGAAAAUGUGGACGUAGAGGGUUUGGACCAGGAUGCCCAGCAGAAUCCUCACCUGCCACAGGCUCUUUCCCAGUCCGAAUCAACGCUUCCCCCAGCACCCGGUGUCCCGUUCACAAACACAGCUGCUGUAAACACCAAAUGCUCUCGCACCUACAUCACAUUCAGUGAUGAUGAAUCCUUCCAGCGAUUCUUUCCCCAGUCCCCUGCUCCUCGAGUGCCUGUCCAGGAGGUCUGUCCCGUUACCCAUAAGCCUGCGCUCUACCGGGACCCCAUCACUGACAUUCCUUACGCUAAUGUACAGGCCUUUAGGAUAAUUCGAGAGGCCUAUAAGAAGUAUGUGGCUGCUCACGGCCUGCCCUGCACUGGCACAGCCACUCCAGCAGACACCACUGCUAAGAGCCUGAAGCAGAAGAUCAUUAUUAAACAAGCCAUGUAGAACAAUCAAUCUACAAUGUUUCUAUCUAUC